UAUCGAUAAAUUAGCCACAUACCUGCAUUUCAGAAUUCAUAGAAAUCAAAAGUGAAAAGUAAACAAACAAAUUACAAAGUGAACAUAUUCGUGGUAAUGUCGAGUGUCCUUUUAUCGGAAAAUGAAAAGUUUUCAACAGAUCGUAAUUAUGAUGCUAAAUGGAAAACUUGGUGCCGACUCUGUGCUAAUGAUGAUGUACACGGUAUUAAUCUUCUUUCGGAGCAGUGCUCACAAGACCUGAAUAGUGAGUUGCAUGAUAUUAACAUGGUUCAUUCAAUAGGGGAGUUAUUUCGAAUACAUGUUCAAGAAGAUGAAAAACUUUCACAAAUAGUUUGCCUAGAUUGCUGCAAAUUUGUAAAAAGUAUAAUUAAAUUCAGCGAACGUGUAAACAAAGUCCAACAAUUGUACGCUGAAUUAUACAAUUGUACAGAUAAAACCACACUCGAUCUGAGUUUAUUGUUAGAUAAAUAUGGUAUUUUUAAAAGUGAAACACUAAUAACGCAACAAGGAAACGAACUGCCGGUUGAAGAAAUUUUUGUUGCCGAAUUAACAGUUACGUCUGAAGUUGGCACUAAUGUAAAAAAUGAGUCCAUAAAAGUGACAGAAAAGUUGGAUACAAUAGUUCAAGAGACAAAAAAUGAAUUUAAUGACCCUAUAGGCGAUGAAGAAGGAACCUUAGAUCAAAUGUCUUGUACUUCAACUAUGUCCGAUGACAUUAGCAGCAAUGAAGAUAAUGAUGAUACAGAAUCAUCCGAUUGUGAAAUAAAGUCAUACAAAAAAGGUGACGUUCAUGAUAAUAUCUCAAAAGAAUUAGAACACUUGUGUAGCAUUUGCUCACAAAGCUUUCAACGUCGUAGUAUUUAUUCUAGACACAUGAAGAAAAAACAUGGAGUAAUUGUUUGUCCACAAUGUCCUACUUCAUUCAAAACGGAAUCUACGCUCAAGUUGCAUAUGGUAAAUCAUCGAAAAUUGUUCAGUUGCCCACAAUGUGAUCAAAAAUUUGAAAGGAAGGGGUCGCUUGGUAAUCAUAUAAGGAGCGAUCAUAAAUUUGCCCGCACAUUUGUCUGUGAAGCAUGUGGUGAAGCACUACGUACAAAAAAACAACUGAAGCAACAUAUGUUGACUCAUACAGACUAUACACCAUUUGUUUGUAAGGAAUGUGGAAAGAGUUUCAAGGAGAAAUACAGAUUAAAGCGCCACUUGGAAACACAUAGUGAUAAACUCAUUUGCACUGAAUGUGGAAAACAACUAAGUUGCCGCGCAACACUCAGAAGUCAUAUGUUAGUACAUUCCGAUAAGAUGGCUCACAAAUGUGACUAUUGUGGGCGUGCAUUUAAGCGCGCCAAAACGCUGAAAUAUCAUUUAAUAGCUCAUACUGGACUCAAACCGUAUUCUUGCGACUUUUGCGAUAAAACAUUUUCAACUGGCUCCAGCUGCCGUUUACAUAAAAAGACUAUGCAUCCAGUUGAAUUAGCGGCCUUAGAAGCAUCUGGGGCAAAGGCCUAUACAAAAAAUGUACCAAAUUUGAAUGCAUUAAGAGCUGUAGCGCGUACUGGUGAAAAUUUGAUACCAUUGACAUCAAAACAAAAUGGGUAUGGAGAUUUAAUAAAAAUGUCAGAAACCGAUUUAGACAAAAGAGAUACCUGUACAAAUUAUCAGUUAAUUGCUGAAUGGAAAAGUUGGUGUCGCCUAUGUGCUAAACCCAAUGCAAGUUAUAUCAAUGCCCUAUCUGGGCAAUGUGUGCCAAACAUGUCCAGUUUUAAUGAUUACAAUUUAAACAACAUAGUCUCCGUAAUAGCCGAAUUUUUCCAAGUACAUAUAAGAGAAGACGAGAAACUUACACCGCUAAUUUGUACAGAUUGUUACAACGUAGUUAAAUCCUUCAUUGAUUUUAGUGAGAAUAUUACAAAAGUACAAAAAUUUUACGAUGAACUACUGCAUAGCGAUAAUACAAUGAAAAUAGACUUAUCAGCUUUGUAUGAGAAACAUGGCCUAUUUAAGGAAGAAUCAUUUACACCACAAACCAGCAUUGAACUACCAGUGGAAGAAAUUUUUAUUGCCGAUUCACGUACCGCAGGCACAGUACAUAAAUCGAAAUUUCAAAUAAAAAACGAAAAAAUAUCAGUGGCACUAUCGCCUGAAGUACUUAUUAAAGAAGUCGAAAAAGAAGAAGAUCUUCAAGACCCUUUUGCCGAAGAAAAAAUACUUGCCAUAGUUGGAAAUAGUGUAGGAACACCACGAAAAAACAAUAAUGUCAACAAUGAUGACUAUGACAUGCAAAUGGAUUCUUCAGACGAAGAUGAGAGAAAACCGCACAAUAGAUUGAAUAGUGAGGAUAUUGAAACGGACGAUUCUGAAGAAGUGGUAAAAGAGAGUAAAUACACUUGCAAUAUUUGUUCACAACGUUUUCAACGUAGCGGAAAUUAUGCUGCACAUAUGAUUAAGAAACAUGAAAAAAUUAUAUGCCCACAUUGCCCUGGCUCAUUUGAUAGUGAAUCGAAUUUAAAGAGUCAUAUGAAAGAACAUCGAGAGUUAUACCCGUGUAAACAAUGCGAUCGCAAAUUUCAGCGGAAAGAAUAUGUAGCUCAACAUGUUAAAUGUGUACACAACGAUGAGCGCCCAUUUAUUUGUGAAGCAUGCGGUGAUGCUUUACGCUCAAAAGGACAACUUAAAGAACACAUGUUAACGCACACAGACUACUCUCCCUUCGAAUGCAAGGAGUGCGGGAAAUGUUUCAAACAGAAACAACGUUUAAAGAGACACAUGCAAAUACAUGGAGAUAAACUUAUUUGCAAUGAAUGUGGGAAACAGCUAAGUUGCCGGGCCACAUACAAUAGCCAUAUGUUAGUCCAUUCCGAUAAAAUGCAACAUAAAUGUGACUAUUGCGGCCGAGCUUUCAAGCGUGCCAAAACACUGAAAAGUCAUUUAAUACUCCACAGUGGAUUAAAACCAUAUUCGUGCGAAUUCUGUGAUAGGACGUUUACAAAUGGGUCAAAUCGACGUACACAUAUGAAAAGAACACAUCCAAGUGAAUUAGCUGAGUUAGAAGCUUCAGGAGAAAAAAUGUAUACCAAAAAUAUACCAGAACUAGCCGUGCUGAAAUCUGUUAUACGGAAAGCGGAGAACCUUAUACCUGUUGUCUCAAAACAAAGUGGAAAUUUUGCUUUCGGCAAAAAAACAAGCUCCAAACCAGUAAAUACUGCGGACACCACGAAUUCCGAAUUAAUCAAUUAAAUAGCAAUUAACUAUAAAUAAUAUUUAUAGAAUUAUUUAGGUACCUUUUUCAAUUUGGGAGCAUC